UGCUUGCUUUAUACGUUUGAUUUUUUCUAGUUAUCUGUUUUCAUAUUUUAGAUUUUCUUCAACUUUAUCUUUUGUUAGUGGAUCUCAUUUUUCUAAAGAAGCAUUCUAUACCAAAGCUAAUCCUCUUGUUUGCUAGUACAGUUUCAAAAUAUUCUCACUUUCUCGGUCAAUGGAGUCAACCUUCUUUGUUUAGUAUAAGUCUGUUUUGCAACUUCUUCAUCCGCAUAGCUCUCUUUAAAGCUCUCUGAUAUUAUUAAUCCUCUCUCCAAUAAUAUAUACUAACUAAUGGAUUCUUCUUCUUCUUUUAUCCUUACCACUGUUGCUGCUGCAAUAGGCUUCUUCACGCUUCUUAGAAAUCUCAGAUGCCAUCAAGAAGAUGACAAAGAAAAUAAUUCUUCUUCUUCUACUUCAUCACCUCCGUCUUCUUCAUCGUCUUUGUCUCCUCCAUCGUCUUUGGAUCGCAUCUGGACACACCAUGUGUUUCCAAGUUUUCGAGGGGAAGAUGUCCGUAGAGACUUUCUUAGUCACAUUCAGAUGGAGUUUCAAAGAAUGGGAAUCACACCAUUCAUUGAUAAUGAGAUCGAGAGAGGACAAUCCAUCGGUCCUGAACUCAUUCGAGCAAUUAGAGAAUCCAAGAUCGCAAUUAUCUUGCUGUCAAGAAACUACGCUUCUUCGAGCUGGUGUCUUGACGAAUUGGCGGAGAUUAUGAAGUGCAGGGAAGAAUUGGGUCAAACAGUUUUGGCUGUUUUCUAUAAAGUGGAUCCAUCUGAUGUAAAGAAGCUGACCGGAGAUUUUGGAAAAGUCUUCAAAAAAACAUGUGCCGGUAAAACAAAAGAGCACGUUGGGAGAUGGAGACAAGCUUUGGCAAAUGUCGCCACAAUCGCCGGUUACCAUUCGACCAACUGGGAUAAUGAAGCGACCAUGAUUAGAAAUAUCGCUACUGAUAUAUCCAACAAGUUGAAUAAUUCUGCCUCAUCAAGUGAUUUUGAUGGGUUGGUUGGGAUGACUGCUCAUUUGAAGAAGAUGGAACCAUUGUUAUGCCUAGGCUCAGAUGAAGUGAGGAUGAUUGGGAUUUGGGGUCCUUCUGGGAUUGGAAAGACGACCAUUGCUAGAGUUGUAUACAACAAACUCUCCAACAGUUUCCAACUGAGUGUCUUUAUGGAAUCUAUCGAAGCAAAAUAUACAAGACCAUGUUCCGAUGACUAUAGUGCCAAGUUGCAGUUACAACAGCAGUUUAUGUCUCAAAUAACCAACCAGAGUGAUAUGAAGAUUUCUCAUUUAGGUGUUGUUCAAGAUAGGCUAAAAGACAAGAAAGUUCUUGUUGUUCUUGAUGGUGUGGACAAGUCAAUGCAACUAGAUGCCAUGGCAAAAGAAACUUGGUGGUUUGGUCCUGGGAGUCGGAUUAUCAUCACAACACAAAAUCGAAUGAUUUUUAGGGGACAUGGGAUUAAACAUAUUUACAAGGUGGAUUUUCCAUCAACUGAUGCCCUUCAAAUCUUGUGCACAUAUGCUUUUGGUCAAAACUCCCCUAAACAUGGUUUUGAAGAACUGGCUCGGGAAGUUACACAACUUGCUGGUGAACUUCCUUUGUGUCUUAGGGUUAUAGGCUCAUAUUUUCGAGGAAUGUCUAAGCUGGAGUGGACGAAAGCACUACCAAAGUUAAGGAGUAGCCUUGACGCUGAUAUUCUUAGCAUUUUGAAGUUCAGCUAUGAUGCCUUAGAUGACGAAGACAAAUAUUUGUUUCUUCAUAUAGCUUGCUUGUUCAAUCAUGAAUGGAUUGUGAAAGUGGAAGAGUAUCUUGCAGAGACGUUCUUGGAUGUGAGUCAUCGGCUUAAUGUCUUAGCUGAGAAAUCUCUCAUAUCUUUGAAUAGGGGAUGUAUAAACAUGCAUGAUUUGCUAGUCAAACUAGGUAGAGAUAUUGUCCGUAAACAGUCUAUUCGUGAGCCUGGACAACGCCUAUUUUUGGUUGAUGCACGAGAAAUUUGUGAAGUACUCAAUCUUGAUGCGAACGGUAGUAGAAGUGUUAUGGGCAUAAAUUUCAACUUUGGUGAGGAUAGGAUCAAGGAAAAGUUACAUAUAAGUGAGAGAGCCUUUCAAGGAAUGUCUAAUCUCCAAUUCUUAAGAGUCAAAGGGAAUAACAAUACAAUACAUCUACCGCACGGUUUAGAGUAUAUAUCUCGUAAACUUCGAUUACUACACUGGACUUAUUUUCCGAUGACAUGUUUGCCUCCUAUUUUCAACACGGAGGUGCUGGUUGGACUAGUCAUGCCUUACAGCAAACUUGAGAAGUUGUGGGAAGGAAUUAAACCGCUUCCAAAUCUCAAGCGGAUGGAUUUGAGUUCGUCUCUCCUCUUAAAGGAGCUUCCUGACCUCUCAACUGCCACCAAUCUUCAGGAAUUGAAUCUGAGUGGUGGCUCCAGCCUGGUGAAGCUCCCCUCCGCUAUUGGGUGUACCAAAAAUCUUCGGACAUUGAAUCUUCGUUAUUGCUCAAGUCUGAUGAAUCUCCCUUCCUCUAUUGGGAAUGCCACUAAUCUCGAGUUAUUAGAUCUUAGCAGUUUAUCAAGUCUGGUGGAGCUCCCUUCCUCUAUUGGGAAUCUCAUCAAUCUAAAAGAAUUGCAUCUUAGCAGUUUAUCAAGUCUGGUGGAGCUCCCUUCCUCUAUUGGGAAUCUCAUCAAUCUAAAAGAAUUGCAUCUUAGCAGUUUAUCAAGUCUGGUGGAGCUCCCUUCCUCUAUUGGGAAUCUCAUCAAUCUAAAAGAAUUGCAUCUUAGCAGUUUAUCAAGUCUGGUGGAGCUCCCUUCCUCUAUUGGGAAUCUCAUCAAUCUAAAAGAAUUGCAUCUUAGCAGUUUAUCAAGUCUGGUGGAGCUCCCUUCCUCUAUUGGGAAUCUCAUCAAUCUAAAAGAAUUGGAUCUUAGCAGUUUAUCAUGUCUAGUGGAGCUCCCUUUCUGGAUUGGAAAUGCCACCAACCUUGAGGUUUUAAACCUUGACCAAUGCUCAAAUCUGGUAAAGCUCCCCUUUUCUAUUGGAAACCUUCAGAAGUUGCAAAAGUUGACCUUACGAGGAUGCUCUAAGCUAGAAGAUCUUCCAGCCAACAUCAAAUUGGGAUCUCUUUGCUUACUUGAUCUCACUGAUUGCUUGCUGUUGAAAAGGUUUCCUGAGAUCUCCACAAACGUUGAAUUUCUCUAUCUCAAAGGAACCACAAUAGAAGAAGUCCCUUCAUCAAUCAAAUCUUGGUCUCGUCUCACUAAGUUGCAUAUGUCAUACAGUGAAAAUCUCAAGAACUUUCCUCAUGCUUUUGACAUCAUCACAGUGCUGCAAGUGACCAAUACAGAAAUACAAGAGUUUCCCCCAUGGGUCAACAAAUUCUCUCGUUUAACAGUACUCAUACUCAAGGGAUGCAAAAAGCUGGUAUCACUCCAACAGAUUCCAGAUUCCCUCUCUUACAUAGAUGCAGAAGAUUGUGAGUCCCUGGAGAGACUAGAUUGCUCCUUUCAGGAUCCAAAUAUUUGGCUCAAAUUUUCUAAGUGCUUCAAACUGAAUCAAGAAGCCAGAGACCUCAUUAUCCAGACACCGACUAGUAAAUAUGCGGUCUUACCCGGCAGAGAAGUGCCUGCAUACUUCACUCACCAAUCUACUACUGGAGGUUCCUUGACAAUCAAGCUGAACGAGAAGCCUCUUCCUACAUCCAUGAGGUUUAAGGCUUGCAUUUUGCUGGUUCAUAAAGGUGAUGAUGAGGCUCGUGAUGAUGAAAACUGGAUGGAUGGAAAUGGCUUUUACACUGUUAGUUGUAAAAAAAGUGAGCAUCAUUUAUAUCCAGUUUUAGCAGAGCAUGUGUACGUAUUUGAAGUCGAAGCAGAUGUGACUUCCAGCGAGCUUGUCUUUGAGUUCAAAUUCGGCAAACCGAAUUGGAAGAUAAAAGAAUGUGGGGUAUUCCAACUCUCGGAGGUCCUGUGAUGAAUCUUCAAAAAGUGAUUUCUGAAACACCCUUGAUGAAACUGAAGUCUGUGGUGAAGUAAUGGACACAGUCACUACACAAUUCAAGAGCAUAAUGAGAGAAGCAAAAAGGUAAUCUAAUCUAAAUGUUGAUAGAUUUUGUACAAUGUUGAGGAAUUUGAAAGCUCUCUGUAUCUGCAAAUUUUCAUCUAAUUACAGAUAGGUUUUUCGUCGGACGAUCAUCAAUCUUCGAUCCUAGAAGUUACAGUGAGCAAAGUAUCGUCCAACAGGCUGUCACCAACGUACGCUACAAGAAACCUUUUUUGUGCAGAACCCACAGGUCUUUUGCUCGUUGUUGCCGCUACAGUUCCUAUGGAGCGGCUAAAAAAAACUUCUUUGCACCAAAGAUACUUCUAACUCUAACCCAAAGACAUUGGUGUCUGAAAGUCUUGCUUGUUCUAAGCUUACAUUGAGUUCUUCGGUUGCCUUUGUUGAUGAUGUGAAGAUGUUUUUGUUCUUUUUAGUAUGUGUUUAGAUCAAAUGAAAGAGUUGCAACUUCUCUUAGAUCUUUGAAUCUGUGGUCUAAGAGCAUGGAACAGACAUGAACAGAGAGUUUCACAUGGUUC